GUCAGACUGAGAUGUAACUGGUCAAGUCACUAAUCAAGACAAACUGCAUGUCAUUCGUCAAGUCACUAUGACUAAUUUUUUUUUGUUUUUUGUGCAAGCAGUACUGGUUCUGUCAAAAGACUGGAAAAAUCAAGCCAAUAUCUGGAAGGGAGAACGAAGAUCAUGGGAUGAGAAAAUGGGACAUCCAGAAGUUGAUACAGAAUUGGACAAGUUUUAACAGCUUGAAAAAACUAGAGAAAAUCUUUGAAAACCUGAAGGAGGAUAGAGAGGAAUCAGAAUCCGAGGAAGAGGAGAAUAGAUCAGAUGAAGCAAAGACAGUUCCGGAAGGAGAGGAAAAAGGAACUGAUGAUCAGAAUUGUGAAAACAAAGAAGAUAACCUACAAGUUGAGGUGGCUGAACAGGAAACAACUUCAGAAAAAAACAAGUGGGAGAAAGAGCUUCAGAAAAAGGAGGAGGAGAUAAGAUAUAUCACUGUGGAGAAAGAUAAUUUGAAGACAAAACUGAACGAAAAGGAACAGGAACUAAGGAAAAUCACGGAGGACAUGAUGAAUCUGGAGGAACGAAAUGCUACACUUGUGACCGACAAUUUCUGCCUUGCAUCAUCGAUAGUGAAAAGUCCUGUAGCUGCGCGUGGCCUUCCACUUUGUACGUUGAGCCCAGAGAAAGAGCAGAAGACACCAGAGGAGAACAAAAAAGGAGAGUUAACAAUGCGCCUUACAGAGCAACAUUCUGGUGAAACUGUAUCAUCAAUGGGUCUCUACUCUUACGUUGUGAGAUUAAAGAAUAGGAGAAGAAUACAGAAAAAGGACAACAUUUACUGGUGGGGGGAUGUGAAAGCAAAACGAAAGAAGAAAGCAAAGGAGAUUGAAGAGAGAUUGAAAGAGGCUGAAAAGAAAGAAAAAGAAGAAAAAGAAAAGGAGAUGAAGGCCUCACUGCCAGAUGCUGAACGUAAAAGGCUAGAACAGAUGGUAGCACAACAGAAGUUGGACGAUGUACCAGAGGAUGUUCGGGAAGCAAUAAGACAGAUGGACGCUGCAGAAAAUGCACAAAUCAAUAAAGAGCAAGAAGAGAAGCAGCUACCUCCUGAGGUCGUAGACUGGGAGGAGAGCAAAGUAUACAAUUUUAUGGACCAGGACACCAAGAGGAGAGUCCAGAAAUACUGGCAAAAUGCACCAUCAGGAGUAUACUUCUGGGAUGGAAGACAGUAUGGAGCACAAGUUUCAAGACAGGAUUUAAAAGACAUGAUCAUGGACGAACCGAUAGCAAGCAAUUGCAUCGAAUGUUAUGGAAUUCUCUUGACUGAUCAGCUGUUGGAGAAAGAAUCACAAGGCUUGGAUGUCCCAACUUUUAUGAAUCCCUUGUGCUGGAAUUCUGCAGAAAAUUUGACGGUGUAUUAUGUACAUCUGUACCUAUGCGAACCACUGUUCCAGAAUCUGGCAAGAUCCAACUAUAUAUUGUUCCCAAUCUCACAUGAAUCAGGAUUUCAUCAUACACUGCUCAUUUUUGACAAGGAAUUAAAGAACUGGUCCCACUGUGAUUCAAAAAGACCGAAAAAAUCAUCAACUAGAAAAUCCUUUAAAAAUGUACAAAAAAUGGUUGACAUGGUAGAACUUUGGAUGACAGCAGUAAAAGAACAAGCCGAUGACAUGCUGGAACAGGGAUGCAGAAUGAAAUUUGAUGAAAAGAACAGUUCAGAAGAAGAACUGAAAAUGAUGGAAGUUCCAUUGACUGAAACCGAGAGAGAAAGCAUAAAGUGGAUCAAGAAUAACUAUAAAACAAAAAUGGCAGUGACAGAACUCAAAGACAACCCUCAGCAAGGAGAAGAUUCAUUGGAUUGCGGACUUUUUGUAAUGUACACAAUGGAGAAAAUUUCGAAAAAAGGGAGAGUUCCAAAGAAGCUCACAAAGGAUGAUAUUUUGAAGUUUAGAGCUCAUGUUGUAAAGUCAUUUGCAGAAAGUAGGCACAGCUGGAACUCAACACAUGAAGAAUCGUAGAAAUUUGUUUAGGGAAUAGGAUAGGUUAUAUAGUUUUUUCGAAUUGAUUCAUCAUAUAUAUCCAUUCAUUUGUUCAA